UUCGAACCGAAGCGGCAGCCAUGUUGAAAAUUCGACCGAGUGUCUAGCUGUCACUCUCGGGUGAAAAAAUCUUUCCUUUCGCAUUUUCGAUGAGACUUGCUGUGCAUUAUUCGGAUAAAGAAUAUCAAAUGAAGUAUUUUAUUCGUCGGCUUCCGCGACUAAUAAAAAUAUAAACACGCGCCAGCUGCAGGGUUGUUGUUUAGUGAUUAGCGCGCCGCUUCUUUCUUCUUUUGCGGCGGCGGCAGCGAGUUGCGAAUUUGUUGAGUUUCUGUGCUAAAAUCGGUGCGGAUCGUAGCGGUUGGCAGUGCCAGGAGCAGGAUACACACCAGCAAUCAUGAGCAGCAGUACUCCGGGCAGCGAGAGUGCCCUGGUGAAGGUAGCGACACCUUCGCCGUCGCCGCUAGCCAAAAUAGAUGUGGACUACACGGGUUCCAAGUUCGAGAUGCACCCGUCGCUGUCGGACGAGGAGCGCCGCUUCUACCUGAAGAUGUACCCCAACGUGGAUGUGGUGAACCAGCGGAGGGUGCACUGCACCGUGUGCAAGCAGCACCUGGGCACUGCCCCCGCCUCCGAGAACAACAUCAAGAUGCAUCCGAUCCUGCGGGUGACGCACUGCGUCAAGUGCCAUGACUUCUACAACAGCGGCGAGUUCUCCAAGGGCGAGGAUGGCUCCGAGCUGUACUGUCGCUGGUGCGGACAGGGCGGCGAGGUCUACUGCUGCUCCACCUGCCCGUACGUCUUCUGCAAGUCCUGCAUCGUUAAGAACCUCUCCAAGGGCGUCAUCGUGGACAUCGAGCAGAACGAGCACUGGAACUGCUUUAGCUGCACCUCCAAGAUCCUCUGGCCACUGCGCGCCCAGCACUGGGCGCUGGUCAACUACCUGGAGACGCAGAAGAGGGCCAUCCAGAGUUUGCAGCUGUCCGAUGUAGAGGCACGUCGCCAGAUGCUCAGGGAUGGCACCCAUUGCUGCCGCCUGUCCAAAUCGAAGGCCAGCAGUUUGUCCGACUCGCUGGAGAGCUUGGAGUCCAACGUUUCCAAGCGCAGCCACAACAGCUCAGUGAGCUCGACCAAGCGAGGAUCCUUGCCCAAAGCCGUUCCUUCGGCACCACCAGCCAAACGCCCGAAAUCUUCAAACGACGAGGUGGUCUGCACACCGGAUCUGCUCAGUAUGCUGGAGCCGGAUUGCCAGCUCUCUGUGACUCCGAAGCCGGCUGCCCGUCAGUCGAUGCCGGCAGCCAGUGUCACAACCACCCCGAGGAUUGUCACCGUCCAGCAGAACUACCAGCCAGGUCCCAGUUCCAGCAACAACAGCAGCAAUGGAAGUGCCAGUGCAUCCACCUCGAUGACAAUGCCGCGUAACAGCCUGCCACCGCCGCUGGUCCUAAGUGGAUCGGGAAUUAGGUACCGCCAGACUGCUCCUGGUGGUGGCUCCAAUGUAGUGCGGCGCACCGUGGUCCCCAACGCAGUCAAGAAUGCUGGGCCAGUCUUCCACACCAUCAACGGGUACCGGGUGGAUUUGAACAGCGCUGCACAACAGGAUUCCUACCGCCUGCCGAAUGGUCGUUUGAUUCAGGUGAAGCGUCAGAUUCCUCAAGCCGUCGUUGGUCAGCCGUCGCCACCGCCACCCCCGCCUGCUCUGGCUGUGCCACAAGUGGGUUCUGGUGUGGUCAUCCGGCCAAGGCCACCGAUUCCGCCUAGUCGACCUUCGCUGCAUAUCAGCACCUAUGGCUCCAACAUGGGCAUCUACAAUCCGCAGUCGGGUCAGCCGCAGCGACCUCCACAAGUGCGAGUUGGGAAUCCAAAUCAAGGACCUCCACCGCUACAAGGUCCACCGCCGAACACCAAUGGAGGUCAACCCCUAAUGAUAACUCCAGCACCGCCACCACCAGCCAAGGGUCCAACUUUGGUGCGUCACAACUUCCCCAACACGCCGAUGGGGCAGGCACGUGCCCAGCUGCAGGAGCAGAUCUUCAGCGCCAUGGACAUCUGCACCCAUCUCACCGGCAAAGUGGUCUCGCUUACCCACUCGAACGCUUACAACCAGGUGCGCAACUAUCUGGAACUCAAGGAGUUGUACAUCCACAUGUCGUAUCUGAUGACCUACGCCAUCGGGCGGUUCAAGAAUCUGCAAGAGAAGUGCCUGGUGGACAUGCGGGAGAAGGGCUUCAAGAACGACGCCAACAGUCUCGAGAACGGUCAACUGGCUGCCGAAAAACAAGCCAGCGACGACGAGGAUAACGAAAUUGAGAUUGUGGAGCCCAAGACGGAUACCAUCACCAUCGAUUCGGACAACGAAGACGAGACGCCCUCGACCUCAACCUUGACCUCGACGCAGCAGCCUCAACAACAACAGCCGGCCAUUAUGAAAAUAACUUCUGUGACAUCGGCUGCUCCGAAGAGUGAACUGAAGGAAAACCAGGCCGACAUCGAUGUGGCGGCCUUCAGCUCCACGAUCUUGGCCAGUCUGCUGGAAGUGGAGGUCACCGAGGGCACUAAUGAGCCCAAGUCCAUUUCUCCGGGCCAAAAGAAACAGCCGCGCAAGAAGACAACGAACAAGCCAAACCCGGCACUUUUGCAGCUGGAACGCCAGCGCAUGGAGGAUCUAAAGAAUUCAGAUGCCAAGCUGAAAAUGAAGGUUGUGGUUAGGUUAAAGCGAGCUGAGGAUGAGUUCGAGGUGGCACGAAAAUGGGUUGAGGACUGCCGGAAGCGGGAACAGAAAUUGGGCGCCGGAAAUGAUACUGCUGCCAAGAAGGUCACAUUAAAUGAUGCAGCCAAGGAGCCGACGAAAGCGCCAAGUGAAAAAGCAGCAGACUCCGUCAAAAAGAUCACAGAAAAGGGCGAGGAGAAAGUGGCUGUGGUUGGUAAGGAAAGGGCCAAAAGCAAGGAAAAAAUUGGAGAUAUAUUAAAAGCGGCAAUCAAAGCCAAAAUUGGAGAAAAGGAUAAGAAAGUGGAUGAAGAAGAUCUUGAAAAUGAAAAUACAGAAGAGAAAGAAAAAUUAGUAUCAAAAGCAAUAGAAAAUAAAAUAGUACCCGAAUCGGAACAGGGAAAAGUACGUGAAAAGAUUGUGGCAAAGGCAUCAGAGAAGAUAAAAGAAUUAACAAAGGAUAAGCUUCUAAAGGAAGACAGUAAGAAGGAAACCAGCAAAGAAGUUUCUAAAGAUAAAAAGGCUGAUGGUUCAGAAAUCGAAGAAGAUUCGGAAAUAUCGUCAGAAAAAGAACAGUGUAAUUCAAACAGCGUAUCAGAAAUUGGAGAAUCAGAAGGGGAAGGUGAAUUGAAAAGCGUUAAUCAAAAAGAAAAAAAAUCAGCUGAAAAAGACACAAGUUCAAACAAAAAACCUUCUUUAAUUAAGAGGGAUCAAGAUAGGCUGUCUAAAAAACAGAUUUCUGAGAGGAAAACAAGUGUUAUUGAAAAAGAGCACGAAACAAAGAAACCCGAAGGGAAAUCAGAUGAGGUCAGUGAAAAAAUUACAGAAAAUAAAAUUGCAAGAAAUAGAGCAGCAAACACUGAAGAAAAAAAUCAGAACAGCGAACUUGUACAGGAACCCACAUCAGACGUAGUUGAACCUAUGGACACAUGCAACGAAAAUGACCAGCCUUUCCCAGCCGAACUCCUGGAAAGCAUGGACGUCGGCGAACUUGUUGAAACCCCCAAAGAACUGUUAGAUUGCGCCAUAGACGAGGUUAUUGCCAUGGAUGGCAUUGAACUUAGUGCAGCCACUGAAGAGCUGAUGAAGGCUUUAAACAGUCCCAGCGGCCUAGCCUCCGAAAACGCCAAUGAGGAUGAGACUGACUCUAUUGAAAAUAUCCCACUCGAAACAGCGGAGCCACCUGAGAUUCUCCUGAAAGAGGAUGAUGAGGGCGACGUAUCCAGUAAGUCGGGACCGCCGACCGAGACUGAACAAAGUGAGACACCUUCGGCGAGCUCCGGCGAAAAUGGUGACACCGAAAUGGAAUUCACCCAGGAAGCAGAUACUGCACAAGACGAGCCCGCCACGGCGCAAAUUGUUGGCUAGUUUGUGGUGAUAAUUCGAGGUCCCGCCGACGAGGAAACAUAGCAUUGGGCCUCAACUUCAAUUUAGAAUUUCUAACAGAAUUUAAACGAAAGACAACUAACACUGUGGAUGAAAAACCAAACAAAAGAAAAUCAUUAACACAAAAAGUUUCAUGUAAAUACUUUUCAAACGUUUUUAAUGUAUACUUUUAUCGCGAUUGUAAAUCCUAUAGUCCUCUGUUUUAGGAAUUCUUUCCUUCCAAUAUUGACUUGUAAAAACUAAUUGCUAUCAAAUUAUUUGCUUGUGGACCUUAUAUUCUUGUGAAUAUCAAUAAAGCGCGAAGCUCAGCUAGGGUUUUAGGCUAACAGCUUUCAGAAUGCCUGAAAGUGCACAAAUAAACAAAAGUCUCCGAUUCCAUUUGUAUCAAUCAUAGAAUUUUUUCAACAUGCGCAUAUAACAUAGGUUUAGGUGUUGCAUUUUACAAUGCAUUGUUAUGUUUCCGAACCGCUUAAAAAGCCUGGUCAUCCCACAAAAUUUAGGGAGCUAUUCGAUAUUUGAAACAAUAUUUUUAGCUUAUCUCUAUGGUCGUUCAUAUUUUUGUAACAGAAUUAUAUGGCACAUACGACAUCCGAUUGAAAUAAAUUAGUACUUAAGGUAUUAAAUGAUAUUGAUAUAAAUGUGUAAUUCUAAGCUUAUCUUACGACAAAUAAAAGAUCUAAAGGACUAUCAUUAAAGCAAUGUAGUCAAUAUCUUAA